UAUUGCACAAUUGGAUCUACAAUGAUCGCCAGUGUUGGGUUGUGUGGGAUAUUUUUCCUAUCAGCAAUUCCUUCAGUACUAACCGAAAACAUUGCUUUGAUCAUCAUUGAUGUCCAGAAUUGUUUCCUUCCGGGGGGAAGUCUUGCUGUAGAAAACGGACAGGAAGUAAUCCCGGUCAUAAACACCCUCCGAACUGACUACGAAGACACGUUCCGAUUGGUUGUUUUAUCACAGGACUGGCAUUGUUCUGAUCACAUUUCUUUCGCCUCCCAACAUACUGGAUUCAACGCCUACCAGGAAGUGACAUUAUUGUACUCAGAAAACGGUACCCUGUGCGAGCCGGUCAGCGCAUGUCAAUCCGUCGCGUACAACGUUACACAGAUGCUAUGGCCCGAUCAUUGCGUCAUUAAUUCUACUUCCGCCGAAUUCGACGACAGACUCAUACAGAAAGAUAGUGACGUCAUCAUCAGAAAAGGCUACAAUUGUAAGGUCGAUUCCUACUCGGCAUUCUUUGACAAUGGUCAAUUCAGCCAAACGGGUCUGAAUCAAAUCUUACAGGAUGCCAACAUCUCAACAGUGUUUGUAACGGGUCUGGCGUUAGACUAUUGUGUGUAUUACACAUCUUCUGAUUCCAAGCGUUUAGGUUACAAGACGUAUCUGGUUGAGGACGCCAGCCGUGGAGUAGCCAGUGAUACGUCUGAGGCAGCAAUGGCCGACAUGAAAUCUAAAGGCAUCAACAUAAUACAGAGUAAAGAAGUGGGCGCCAUUUUGGAGUCUUUCAUCAAUAGUGCCUUUUCCAUCCGGAGUUCAUUUGGGACAGUUGUAUCUGUUGCCAUGGCAAUACAUUUCCUCCAAGCGUUCAUAAGCCAUUCUAUCUUACAAUGAAAGUUUAGGUUAAAUAUCUUGCAUGUUAUUUCCAGCACAAAACAUGACCUGUUGUCGAUUAUAAAUUAUGAUAUUGCCGUGUUCAAUUUUAGAGAAUCUGAAGUAUGCCUAUUUCAACAUUCAUGAGCUGGAAGCAAUCAAGCUAUCCUUGUCAAUUCAAUUCUGGAUACGGAAGUCACGUGUAGCAAAUGUUACAACACUUAGACAUCGAUAAAUGAUCACGUGAUAAUUCAAACUCAGACGAUCAGCUGAUUUGUAUUCACGGACUACGGUUGUUUGCGAUAUGUUUGCAAUGACCCAUUCAAAUCACGUGAAUCAGUCACGGAUAAAAUUCAAAUGAAAUCCUUUAAAUGAAUGAGAAAUAACACAAUACAUGUGCAUUACGAUUAAGAUAAUCAUUUCAUACGACGCCAUCUUUAAAGUAACUUUAUUCUUUCAUCGCCCGAACAAUUUAUGUGUCACUGACAUUAUAUGUUUUCUCUACAUCCCCGCCACGGUUAUCUCCCUUCACACGGUCAUUAUGUCAGCAUUAUUGCUAUUAUUAACUUACAUCGUCCGUAUAUAUCAAUCUGUCCACGUGUCAGUCACUCGAGUCACGUGUGUACGAAUAUCAUUGCCAUAUUGCGUUAAAUACUGCCGUUGUAUGAAGUAUGAAUGUGUAACUUGGUGACUGUUUUCGUGGUAUGAAAUUACAUAACAUUUCAAAUAUUGCUUAAAAUACUUUUGUAUCAAUGAUUGAUGUUGUCUUUGGAUUUGUUUAAAUUUCUUUAAUUCAACCUUUCUUAGCUGCGUUAAUGGAUUUAUGGAUACAGACAGACAUGUUGUCGGUAAUUUCUAACGAUUCAGAGAGUUAAUAAACCUUGUCCUUCGACUUCUCAUUACUAUCUAAUGUCGCUAAGCUACCAAUGGUGUGAAUAGUAAGCUGAUAACAUUGCUGUGUGUAUGAAGUGACAUAUGUAAUCAGUUCCUUGUUUUGUAGAUUCUAACUGGUCAUUAGAAAUAUCGGGAAACAAUAUUGUUAUAUACUUUGAUCCGAUUUUGA